AUGUGUCCCGCCUCCUCGAACAUGUGUUGGCGUUGCAAGAGGGAAGCAAUGAUCCACAUAUGGUGGGCAUGUCCCACACUGGCUCCUCUCUGGACACAAGCCCUCCGAAUCAUGUUGGAUAUGCUUGGUCACCAGGCAGAAAAAAAUCCUGCACUAUGCCUGUUGUACAUGUUUCCUGAGAGGAUGUCCAAAACUCACCGGGCGCUAAUAUACCAUACGCUUACAUCAAUACAUAUCCUAAUGGCGAGACAUUGGAAAGCUAGAGAAAUAUCGUCGCAUACACACCUAGUAAACCAAAUUGCACUCAAUUGGACAUAUGAAGCCAUGCACCAACACCAAUUUGGCCCAAGACCUACAGUAGCGAAGGCAAAACAUAUAUGGGACACAUACAACAACCACACUGAUAACCCAACAACAUAA